AAAGGAGUGAAGCUGGAGAGAGGAGCUGCCAGAGAAACACACUAACCUCCUCACACAACAACAGACAAGCUAAUGCUAACAGACAAAGAGUAACCGUUAUAAUAGAAGAAAGGAGUGAAGCUGGAGAGAGAUUAGGAGCUGCCAGACAGAUUGGAAACAUGCUACUGGUCAAAGUUAGUUAUCAGAACUGCAGGAAAUUUAUCAGGCUUCAGGAUGGAUUCAUUUUUGAAGACUUUGUUGAUGAAGUCCACUAUAGGUUUGGCUUACCACCUGAGACAAGUUUUCACAUUUAUGAUGACACUGAAACUGAGAUAGAUGAGGACAUUUUACAAGAUGUGCUCAAUGCGAGACCUGAUACAUCGCUCAUUAUUGUUAAAAGAGAGAAUGAAGAAAUGUUUUCAGAUGCAACAAGCAGCUCUUGGACUGACAUUUUGUCACUUAAUCAUUCAUCAUAUGAACUUGACCAAAUGACAGAACACGUUUACAAGAAAUCUAAGACAAAUGAUGCAGAAGCUGAGGCAAAAGAGAUGGUCCGUAGUGCCCUAAAGCAGACAAGUGGAGGAGAUGCUGUCCUUGCUGAAUACAGUUCCAAAAAUACACUUUCAAGUGAAAUGAGACGACUCCUAGUCAACAUUUUGGUUGGACAUAUGGUGGAAAUGCAUGGGAGAAUUCCUACAAGGAACCAGAAGGAGAAGUAUGCUCUAGGUGUUGUGACACUUUUUCCAUCACUUAAGGAUCCAUUUUCAAAAAAAGGCCAUGAACAUUUUUAUGAUGCAGACAGUGGGACUGGAUACAUUGCAUGGCGACUUAAGACUGUUCAGAGGAAUACCAAGAAGCGCAAUAAGCCUAGCAUCUCCAAAAGAAGUGAGACUGUUUUGAGUGGACCUUCUAGGAACAGAUGUUCCAGUUCUGAGAAGCAGGAUGAGGAUACUUUAAGAGAGGCAAUUGCCUUUCUUACUCAUUCCACAAAUGAAUCACAGAUCAUACUCAAAAUGAGGGAGACUUUUCACUAUAGGCAUAGGCUUGUUCAUGACCCAAACAAGACGGCAGAUGUUCUGAAGACCUUUCCUUCAUUUCUAAAUACUAAGGGACUUGUGAAUCAAGACUUCUCACUACUCUUCAGUCCUGAAACAUCGUCAAAGUUGCUUGAAAUGUGGGAUACCACUUUUAAGGCAAAAAUCAUUGAAGAAGCCAUAGGCUUAACUUCAACUGCUGUUGUGCGCUCACUUCUUCUGUCAGCAAAUAACCAGCGAGAUAGUGAACAUUGUCCUGACUGGGACAGUGACAUGGCAACAUUGCUUUUGCUGCUCCAUCUACUUCCACCAACACCUGGAAAGAAGGUCUCAAAAAUCAGUGCAUCAGAUGCCAUAAACAGGCUUGUGGUUUAUCAGAAGUCUCAUGCCAGCCUUGAACAACAUCUUCAGCAACGAGAAGGAAGACAGCCAUACCUCCUUGCUGUUGGCAGGAACCGCAACCAGAUUGAGCACUUCUACAUAGCUCUGGAUAAGAAUCUCAUACCCUGUCAGACGAAUACUUCUCUCGGUGCAUUUGAUGAGCUAUUUAAAGCACACUUUGUUUUUAAUUUAGCAUAUGAUGAGGCACUCCUUCAUUUUUACACUUUCAUUCAGACAACAAUCUACAUGGUUGAUGUAGGGAAAACCAAGGAGUCACCAAGAGUUAAGGAGCUGAGAGCAAAAUUACUGAAUUAGCCAUAUAUGUUUUAAAUGCUAAAUAAUCUUUUGUGACUCGGUAGCAACAGUUAAGAUUUAUAGAGGUCUGAAUUAUAAUCAAACUUUCUGUCUUGUUAAGAAUACCCCGUUAUUUUUUGGUGAUGUGGUGCCACAAGACAAUAGAAACUGGAAUUUGUUGCGAAAAAUCUACAUUCUUUUCUCCAGGGGUUUCUGAUGGCAUGACUGUAUCUCAUAG